AUGAGAAAAACAAUUGCUCAAAUUAAUGCAUCAAACCUCGGUAUCCAAGAGGACCAACGAGCUUUACCAAAAGCUUCGAAAUUGUUCGUUGUUGUUUUCCUCACCAAAUGCUUCAUUGUCGCAGAGCUUUGCUGUCCAAGAGCUGCUUUGAUUGAAAAUCUAUGGAAUAGGGCUUCGUUAACGUUGUUUUUGGAGUAUGCUCACAUCGGUGAAGGUUUUGGAGAACAAAAUCGUUGCUACAUAAGCGUUGCAGUAAGUCAAAUUUCUAGUAGUGAUGAGUUCACUGGAACUUUGCCAUCUAAUCUUUUCAAGAGUUUUGAAGGUAUGAUGGAUGAAGAGGAAACACGAACUAUAAGCACUCAGACGGAUUACGUUUACAAAAUUAGUUUGGUGAUAAAAGGUAAUGAGUAUAAUAUGAGCAUCACGUCAAUUAUGACGAGUGUUGAUUUAUCAAGCAACAGGUUUGAAGGAGAUAUUCCAAAUUCAAUUGGUAGUCUGAGCUCAUUUGUGUUACUCAACCUGUCUCAUAACAGCUUUGGUGGUCGUAUUCCUGCAGAAAUUGCAAAUUUGCAGCCACUCGAAGCAUUAGAUCUCUCAUGGAACAAACUCAUUGGAGAAAUUCCAGGUCAAUUGUCGAGUUUGACAUUUCUUGAGGUCUUAAACCUUUCGUACAAUCAUCUGGCCGGACACAUUCCUAUUGGGAAACAAUUCAAUACAUUUCCAAACGAUUCGUAUUGUGGAAAUCCUGAUUUAUGUGGAUUCCCACUAUCGAAAGAAUGUGGAAACAAUAAUGUGUCAGAUGAUUCACCACUUGAACAGGAUGAUGAUGAUGAUUCAUUUUUCGCGAGUGGUUUCACAUGGGAAGCUGUGGUGAUAGGGUAUGGUUGUGGUAUGACAUUUGGAUUGUUGAUUGGAGGUCUCAUGUUCCUAUUGGAAAAACCAAAAUGGUAUGUGAACUUUGCUGAAGAUAUUGCUCAACAAAGUGCUCCUAAAAGGCAAAAGAAGAGACGUCAAAGACGCGUCUAA